GCUCUAGGAUGGCACGGUCAGUAAGCUGCAGUUCGAUUGACGAAAGCGGGGAGAGACCCCGUUGUCGCUAGGAAGAGGCUCUGCAGUGGCAGCGACCGCGGAGACUCAGAAUCCUCAUGGCUCUGAGCUGUCUAGGCCGCGAUGGCGGCGGCUGCGGGGGAUGGGCCCUGCCUAGAUCAUCUGUGGUUGCUGAAUAGUAGCCAGGGAAAGAACUCUUGAGUACCCAACUGAGAGGUCAUGAAUCUAGCCACAGCAGAGGGGGCUUGGAUGGGCCCUGGUUGUUGGCUUGGAGUGAAGGAUGAAGAGGCAGCAUCUGAGCAGAGCAAGUCUGGGGAAGUGUCACAUCUUCAUAAUACUUCCGAGGCAGGUUCAUCAGUCCAGAUGGCUCAUCCUUGUAAUAUAUGUGGCCCUAUCUUGAAAGAUGUUUUGUGCCUGCAUGAACACCAGGAAACACACCAUGGACUGAAACCUUACACAUGUGAGGCAUGCGGGAGACGGUUCUCAUUUGGUACAAACUUCCUUCAGCACCAGAAGCAGUACAAUGUAGAGAGAUCCUUAAGGAGAGACAAAGGCAAGACCUCAUUCUUGAAGAACUGCAGAGUUUGUGAAGAACCUCAUCUGUCAGAGAAAUCAUAUACAUGUGAGGAAGAACAGAAAAACUUCCAGGCCUGUUUGGGCAGUCACCAGCAAAAGGCAACCCGAAGCAAGAGGAAGACAAGUGGCAAUGAGGGUGGGGAGGCCUUUCACAUUGGACAGAUGCCUUACAGCUGCAGCGAAUGUGGGAAAGCCUUCAGCCGCAAAGACACACUUGUUCAGCACCAGAGAAUCCACACUGGAGAGAGGCCUUAUGAGUGUAGCGAGUGUGGGAAAUCCUUUAGCCGCAAAGACAACCUUACACAGCACAAAAGAAUUCACACUGGAGAAAUGCCUUAUAAGUGUGGUGAAUGUGGAAAAUAUUUUAGCCAUCAUUCCAAUCUGAUUGUGCACCAGAGAGUUCACAAUGGAGCAAGGCCUUAUAAGUGCAAUGAUUGUGGGAAAGUCUUCAGACACAAAUCUACACUUGUUCAGCAUGAGAGCAUCCAUACUGGAGAAAACCCAUAUGUUUGCAGUGAUUGUGGAAAAUUCUUUGGCCACAAGUACACCCUCAUUAAACACCAGAGAAUUCACACUGAGAUAAGGCCUUUUGAGUGCAUUGAAUGUGGGAACUUUUUUAGUCGAAGCUCUGACUUUAUUGCACACCAGAGAGUGCACACUGGUGAAAGGCCUUUUGUGUGCAGCAAAUGUGGGAAAGAUUUCAUAAGAACCUCCCAUCUUGUUCGGCACCAAAAAGUUCAUACUGGAGAAAGGCCAUACGAGUGCAAUGAAUGUGGGAAAUCUUAUAGCUUAAGCUCCCACCUCAUUCGGCACCAGAAAGUUCACACUGCAGGAAGGCUUUAGGAAUUCUGUCAACAGAACAGCACUCAUUUGGAAAGGGGCUCUGAUUUCUCUUUGAGAGGAAGACUUUAGUCAGAUGUUGACCUUCAUAUAUCUGAACAUUAACACUGGGGAGAUACUAUAUAACUGAUGGGUACAAGGAAAGUUUUCAGAGGCUAUAUUGCACUUUCAGACCUGCUCAGGCUCCUUGCCAGAUUUCUGAGUGUCCGUGUCUGGUGGGAAACGUUUCAGCUCUAUCAACUAAGUUGUCCUGAUAUCCUCAGAGAAGGCAGAACUUUGUUACUGUCUCCAAUCUCUGGGGGAAUUAGAAUAAACCUGAGUUAAGUGAGGGAGGGGACUCAUUUUCUCCUUGCUGACUGGGAAAGGUGUGGACAUGACCUGUGUUUAUCGAAGAGGACCUGAGAUGUGUUCUGGUAGCAUGAAAGGUUUAUUUCCCUCAUGGACAUUGUUUGUCUCGUGAUAGUGUUGAUGGAUUUUUCCAGACUUCCAAGCUACUCAGCCUGAAGAACUACUUGCCUCAUGUUACUCUGAUUUGUGUGUUAAUAAAGACAUUA